ACUACGUACAAUCAUACCAGCUAACAAUAAAAAAUCCAAACGACUUUCGAAAAACAAUUAAAGCUGCAUCAAAUCUUAUCUUACUUAUACUAUUCUUUAUCUUUACAUCCACGAAUUGCAUCACUGAAAAAUUCAGAGAGAUUUUGGCAUUACAGAAAUGGCGGAAAACAGCAAAAAACUGCAUAUUGCAGUAUUUCCAUGGCUAGCUUUUGGCCAUAUGAUUCCAUACUUAGAAUUAUCAAAACUCAUUGCUCAAAAAGGCCACAAAGUUUCCUUCAUUUCAACCCCAAGAAACAUUGAUCGUCUCCCUAAACUUCCUCCAAAUCUCGUCCCGUUCUUAAAUUUCUUCAAAUUUCCUGUGCCCAAAAUAGAAAAACUACCAAAAAAUGCAGAAGCCACCAUUGAUGUUCCUUAUGAACAAGUCAAGUACCUCAAACUUGCGCAAGACGGACUUCAAGAAUCCAUGGCGAAGUUUCUAGAAGAUUCAGCUCCUGAUUUUAUACUCUUCGAUUUUACUUCUUACUGGGUUCCUUCCGUCGCUAAAAAAUUUGAUAUUCCGACGGCUUAUUUCAGCAUAUUUAUCGCUGCGUUUCUGGGUUUUGUCGGACCCGUACCGGGUUUAAACAACGACUAUGAAAUUCGGACGACGCCGGAGGAAUACACCGUUCCUCCGGCGUGGGUCCCAAUUGAGACUACAGUUUGUUGGAAAUUGUUUGAAGUUUUAAGGAUCUUUGACGCUUCCAUGGAAGGAGAUGAAGAGAAUGUUCCUGAUAUCUUUCGUAUGUAUAAAACCCUAGAAGAUUGUGAUAUUUUGUUUGUGAGGAGUUGUUCAGAAUUUGAACCGGAAUGGUUGAAAGUUUUGGAAGAUAUUCACCGGAAACCGGUUUUUCCGGUAGGGCAACUUCCUACGACGUCGUAUGAAGAUGAUAGUUCGACGAUCGAUGCAUGGAAAAGUAUAAAACUGUGGCUUGAUAUGCAAGAAAAAGGAAAAGUUGUUUACGUAGCGUUUGGUAGCGAGGCAAAACCGAGUCAAAAUGAACUCACUGAGAUUUCGCUCGGUUUAGAGAAAUCUGGAUUACCGUUCUUUUGGGUAUUAAGAACUAAACGAGGAGAAUCUGACGACGAACUGAUUCGAUUGCCUGAAGGAUUUGAAGAAAGGACAAAGGGAAGGGGAAUUGUCUGCACGAGUUGGGCACCACAGCUCAAGAUACUGAGCGAUGACUCAGUGGGUGGAUUUUUGACUCAUUCGGGAUGGAGUUCAGUGGUUGAGGCUAUACAAUUUGAGAAGCCAUUGGUUUUGUUAACAUUCUUGGCUGAUCAAGGGAUAAAUGCUAGGCUCUUGGCGGAGAAGAAGAUGGCGUAUUCGGUGCCCAGAGAUGACAGAGAUGGGUCGUUCACUCGUGACUCAGUAGCUGAGUCACUGAGUUUGGUACUCGUUGAGGAAAAGGGUAAGAUUUACAGGGAGAAGGUUAAAGAGGCGAAAACUCUUUUUUGUGACAAAGGAAGACAAGAUAGCUAUGUGGAGAAUUUUUUAAGUUAUUUCCAAAAUUAUAGAAAAGCCUAAAAUAUGAAGGGGGAAGAAAGACUUAAAUUAGUUUCUUUAUAUUUUAUUUAUGCUAUGAAUGAUAAAAUAAAACAAAUGUACUUAGUUUCUUUAUA